CGUUCUUGGUCCUUAUCUGCUCGUCUUGUCUCUACUUCCAUUCCAAGCUUCGUGGCUGCGUAGUGUUUCUGUGAAAUCUUGUUCCCUUCCCGUCCUAGUCAUUUGCAUCCUCCCAGUGAUUACUAGCUAGCUAGCCCAAGAACUGCCUUCUGCACAUGCCGGAUCUGAUGGAGGCCGUAGAGAACGCCCUCGUCGAGGGCAAGAUCCUAUGGCUGGCGCAAACCAUCCUGGAGGGCAUCUUCAGCGGCGAGCACGACGAAUGGAUUCGCCACGUUGGGCUUGGAGAAGGCAUGAAGCAGCUCAAGUCUGAGAUCGAGAGGGUUGAGACGGUGGUUGCCGCUGUCAAGGGGAGGGCCACCGGGAACAAGCCGCUGGCCGGAUCGCUCGCUCGUCUCAGUGAGCUGAUGUAUGACGCCGACGACUUGGUCGACGAGCUCGACUACUUUAGGCUACAGGAGCAGGUCGAAAGAGGUACGAUUGCUUGUGCUAACGAGUCCGAGCGCACGGAUGGCCAUGAAGCAGAGCAAGUGGAAGGAUCCAGGGACAAUCCCCAUAUACAGACUAGCAAGAGGCGCACGAAUCGGUGCAAGGAAUGGGACCAUUUUACCGAGAUAAUGGUUAAUGGAAAGACUCAGGGAGCAAAAUGUAAAUACUGUGGUAAGGAAGUUAAAUGCGGUGGUACGACCGGGACAAACGGUUUGAACAAGCAUAUCAGGAGUAAAAAAUGUCUGAGCAAACGUCCAGCAGCUGAAGAACCGACAAAUACUACAAGAGGGAUCAUUUUCUUCAUGCAGUUCCACUGAUGGUGCACCAAAUGAUACCACCAAUGCAACCCGGGAUUCGUUCAUCAGAGAAAAAAGGAUGAGAGUCAAUGAGGCAUCA